GGAACGAAGUGCGUCCGUAUAUAAACGUGAACGGUUACAACCAUCUAGUUAGUCGUCCAUUUCAGCCGAUUUCCAACUCUCUUUGCUUUCUUUCAAGCUAUUUACACAAUCACAGAUUGACCAUCAUGUCUGCGUUCUACCAAUUCUUGAUCUUCUUCGGAUUGGGUGUUGGGGCUGUAAUGGGCAACAAUUACAAGGCGCCUUACCAUCAACCCAAAUACGAGCCAGAGAUCCCUGCCUGUUCCAAGAACACGACCAAGAAUUGGUGCCUGGAAGAUUCCGAAUAUCCAGCCUAUGAAGUCGUUUACGAGCUGGACAAACAUUACGAAGCCGUUGUGGCUCUGUACAAGAACGUCGUCGCCGAAACGGCCAACUCGGUCGAUACCCUCAGCAAAUUGGAACAGGAGACUUACCUUUGCCCCAGCAAAACUUCUUACGUCCAGCCGCUACGUGCAGUCAACACCAAAGGCAAAUGGCGUGUCAUCAUCAACAAAGUCGAAUCUUAUGGCAUCAAAUACGAUCAACAUGCCCGCAUUGAAGAAUGUGAAGAUGAUGCUGCUGGAAAGGCCUGCCCAUUGGUGCCCACCUGUUACGAAUCGAAAUGCAUGCAAAAAAGCAUUUAUUACCGUUUCCUCGUCUACGAUCCCACCGAUUAUUAUUUCCCAUUCGCCAUUGAAACUUUCAAAUUGCCCGCAUCUUGCGCCUGUUUCGUUGGAGCUUUCAAACUCUAGUCUUUUACCAUCCUUUUCUAUCUUUUCUUUUCUUACUUCUUUUCCAACCAAAGUUCAGUCAAAACGAUCCCUGUUAUAUUUUUUAUAAAAUAUCUCUGCGCUUCACAGUCGACUUAGUGAACAAAUGAAAGACUCACGGUGGAGCGCAAAGGUUGGCGGUACCAUCAACAACGAAAAACCAUCUCAAUGAAAGCAGUCCCUUCUCAACACCAUGGAUUAUUUAAUAAUUGAAGAUACUACAUGUGCAUUUUCUACUAAAUGAAUUUGCUGUAAAAUUGUUUUAGCAGGAUUCCUCUGUGCUAGUUCGUAAUUUUCCCCAACAGAUAAUAAAUUGGAAUUUUUCUUAAAUAAAUAUCAUAUGAAAAGAA